UUGGAGUCUUCUAAACUGGUUGAAAAUCUGCCAAAUUCGGUGUGCCUUGUCACAGAUUUCCCAAGCCCCAACAAAACUUUAACAAUUGAUGAAAAAGAUAUAAAUUUAAAUGACAAGGCUGUGUUGGACAAUUCAACAACUAAUGUCUGGAGAUACAGUACAGUCAUAUGGGAUAACAAAACAGAUGUUACCUGUAAUGGGCGAUAUGAUGAUCAACCUUUCAUUGCAGAAUCUAACACAGAUGACACUGAGGAGACUUGCACAUCGAUUUCCAUUGAUGAAAAUUUCCGAACAAAUCCAAGCUUGAACACAAUAUCCCUAUCAGUGUUUGGAUGGAGGUUUUUCACAGCCAAAGCUAUUAUAUGCAACCUCUUAAUUACCCUAAGACUUUGGUCAUCUUAA